GCCUGUGACUUUGGGCCGGGUCUAUACUUUUUUAUUUGGCCUUUUGCUUCUCAGAGGUAGGAAAGGAGUGCCCAUUGCUUAGAAGAUACAUUUGGGUCCUACGUGAGUUGGCCCUCCUUUAACAGCUGUGUGUGAAUGGAAGUUUCUUUUCCGAUCCAGUUUUGGGUUACAGUCUAUAUCACGGCGAAGGAGGCACGGGAGGAGGAGCAUGGGGCAGUUCCUGGUUGGGAAGCAGGGGGCUUAGAUAACUGCUGGUGUUCAGCCUGCACCCCCCUCCCAUGCAGCCCAAGACUGAGGCAGCUCAUGGAAGGGUUCCUGAUGAUACUUAAAAGAUAUUUUUAUUUUUAUUUUUUAUUUUGUGCGUAUGAGUGUUUUGACUGCAUGUAUGUGUUCCUGGUGGCUGUGAAGACUAGAAAAGGGAACUAAAUCCCCUGGAACUGGAGUUACAGAUAGUUAUGAGCAACCACAUGGGUACUGGGAAUAGAAGCCAGGUCCUCCAGAAGAGCAGGUGGUGCUCUUAACCGAUGAACCGUUUCUCCAGCCCCUCGCCCUACCUCCAUACCUUGAUGUCAGGCUGCUAGCCUCCAAAGAUGAUAAAAAUAAAUCUGUAAUGUUUAUUGCUGUCUUUUGAACUUUUAAGUUGAAACGAGAGCCCCAAGUCCCUUUAAACUUACUCUAGUUCUGUUGUUGUUGUUUGGUUGGUUGGUUUUGGUUUUUGCGACAGGGUUUUUCUGUGUAGCCCUGGCUGUUCUGGAACUUGCUCUGUAGACCAGGCUGGACUAGAAAUCGUAGAGAUCUGCCAGCCUCUGCCUCCUAAGUGCUGGGAUUAAAGGUGUGUGCCAUCACCACCUGACAUAUUUGUUUGUCUUUUGAGAUAGGGUCUUAGUCUGUAGCCCAGGCUGGUCUGAAACUCACUAUGUAGACCAGGCUGGACCUGAAACUCAUGGCAAUCCUCCUGUCACAGCUUCCUAAGUGCUAAGAUUGCAGGCAUGAGGGAGCCUCCAACCCCUCCCCCAUUAGUACACUGCCUCUUUAACAAACAAUGAAUAAUUGUUAGUGAGUCAGAGGAGAGGAGGGAGGAAGGGAGGCAGGUCAGAGGAGAGGAGGAAGGUGACAAGGAUGAUACCCAGAAACUGGGAUGGUAAAAGCACUUGGGCUCGAGGGAAGAGGAAGUCAAGAUCACCCGCAGCUACAAGCCGGAAGUCUCCCAGGAGAGGAACCGCGUUACUGAAGCCCUGGAAGUUCCAUAUCAACCAGCUACUGGGUGUCCUGGCAAAGUUCCCUGGGAGAGCCCCAGCAUCCUGGCCUUUCCCCAGCAUCCUGGUGGCCGUGGUAACUGUGGGGUGGAACCUAGAAGGAAUGCUCACACAAGAACUGCCGGUGUCCGCAGCGAGGCUUGUUUUCUCCAGAAUGCCCAUCUGUGAGCACAUGGCCGAGUUUCCAAACUGUCCCCGGUCACCUAACCUGAUCUGUGGCACAGAUGGCCUCACAUAUGAGAAUGAAUGCCACCUCUGCGUGACCCGGAUGAAAACCAAAAAGGACAUUCAGAUCAUGAAGGACGGCAAAUGCUAAGCCCAGAGGAGUACUCAAGCCAUGAAACUGUAUCCUGGAGAACGGAGACGCUCCAGAGGCUAGGAUAUGAAAUAAAGGAUGCAGCUCAA